CCAAUAGAAGAAGUUGAAAGAAAGCUUUUAAUCGCAACAGGAUUACCUAAUAGGACAGGCGACACUAUUAGAAAAUUGUUAAAAGAAGAAGCUAGAACGGAUUUGCCAGACAAAUAAUAUGAAUAUAGAUAAUAAUAGUAGUGAAUGCCUUGUCGUAAGCGAAUAUUUUCCAAAGAAAACUGUGAUGGACAAUAGUUUAUCCGACUUUCAGGAGAAAAAAAAAUGUAACACUGGACCAAAGAAUAUAAAGAAUAAUAAAGUUAGUAAACCAAAGAAAAAAUUGAAGAAAGUAAAAGGUCAGAGAGAUAUAAGGUCUCUGGUUAAAAAUAAAGACAGUGACCUGGUGUCGUAUUCAAAAAACUUUGAUCAAGUGUGCAAGAAAAGUAACAUUGAUGUUGAUUCAGAACAAUUGCAGCUAGUUAUAGCUUUAUCUAAGUCACUUUACGAAACAGAAACAAAAACCAAUAGUGAUAGUAGUCAAGAAUCAAAACCUUUAAGUCUCGCAGAAAAAACAGCAAAGAUAAGAACCACAUUACAAGAGUAUGGAUUUCGAGUGCCAAACACAAAAAUAAAUAAAGAGUCUCGAAAAAAUAAACGAUUAAAAAAACAAUACAAGUUGCUACUUUUGUCAGAUGAAGAGAAACAUCAAAAUAUUUCUGAUAAAUAUGCUGAAGUUCUAGCCACAAAUAUACAUAGAUCUCCUUUAAAACACAAUAUAUCCAAUGACAAUAAUAGUCAAGAAUUAUUUUUCAAGGCUAGUAAUAUAGGUUAUGAGUUUUUGAGAAAUGAUGAUGCAUUUUAUGUUAAAGACUUGUUUGAAAAGCCUCUAUGUAAAUCUCAUUUAUUAAGAGAUUGGGCAGAAAUACCGGGUAGACCGGCAAGUCCUACAAGAGAAAUAAGUAAUAUUAAUUUUGACAAUAUUGAAUGUACACAAGAUGAUUUAGAUUGUAUUUUAAGUGGGUCAGUACAAGCAGCACAAGAUAUCAUUAAAAACAAAUAUUUAAGUAACAAUUUUUGCAAAAUGGAUACAAAUGAUAGAGAUAUAAGUCUAGUUAAAGUUGAUUAUAUAGAGAAACACACAAGUAAUGAUAUUGCUAAUGAGGUAUCACAAGUCAGAAGUGUAUCCCCAGAUAUAUUUGAUGAUGAUAUUUCCCUCAUAGUAGAAAAUGACACAAAAUCAAUUCAAUUAUUACAACAAAGUAUAAAAAAACUUGAUAAUAAUAUAGAUUUUAUGGAUUUAACCGAAUGUGUUAACCAUGCCCCUGAAACUAGUAGUAUAUAUAAACAUUCACAAAGACAAAUAAAUGAAACUAAAAGGAAAUCAAAUGAUUUAAUGGAAAUUACUGAAUGUGUUCCUACUGAUCAAAAAUAUCCUAUUGAAAAUAUUGAUCUAACUCAGAGCUUUAGCAGUUUAAAUAGAGCAAGUGAUGAAAAUAAAUUUAUAGAACAACAUUUAGAAAUGGAUUUAACACAAUCAAAUUCUGAUGACAACCUUUCACCCAUAAAACUUGGCAAGAAAGAUGAAAAUUCAUUAGACGGUACUGUCUUAAUCAAUGAAAGUUUUAAAGUAAAUGAAGUACCAAGCAAUGAUAAAUUGAACACAGAGAUGACACCAAAAACUGAAAGUAUUGACUCUUAUAAGUUAAAAAGUUGUAUUUCAAAGAUCAAUGAAGAAAAUGUGGCAAAUUGUAGUUUAACAAAUAGUUUUCAUGAAAAUGAAGAUCAUUUUUCCCAAUUUUGUACUGUGAAUAAUAAACCAGACAAUCUAGAAAUUGAUUUAACGCAAUCAACUCAUUCUGAUGAUGACUUCCACCUGUCACAGAAUAUACGUACAGAGAAGGAUAAUUCAUUAGACAGAACUGUUGUAAUUAUAGAAAAUGUUGAAUUUGAUUUAAAUCCAGUUUGUAGAAAUGAAACAUUACCUAUACAAAUAAAUCCAGUAAAUGUGGAUGACCUUAAUAGUUCAAAAGUCGAUUUAAAAUAUAAGAACAGUAUUAAAAAUUAUAGUGAAUCUGAGUGUACUAAAUAUAGAAACAAUGAUGAAUUAUUCUCAGAAUUUUAUGGAGACCUUAUUUCAAACAAGGAUAAUUAUAAAAAUAAAAAAAUAGAAGAAAUAGAUUUAACUCAGCCUUUAAAUUUCGAUAAUGGGCAAGUAGCAGAGAUAUGUAGUAUGAGAAAAAUUUCUGUAGAGAACACUGUUCUGAUUGAUGAUGAUAUUGAAUCCAUUGUAAGUCCUGUGGUUAAUGAAGAAUUAUUAAUUCUACAAAAACAUUCAGAAAUUAUGCAUAAUGAUUGUAAUAAAUCUGAAGAAAAAACCGAAUUAGAUAACAAUGGGAGACAACAUUUCGGGAAUAACAGUGUUUCUUAUAGUUUUAAUGAACAUGUGUACAAUACCUCUCACAUUGAUGACUAUGAGAAUAGUUUACAUAAAGAUGAAACCCAAGAGCAAAUACUUACAGAAAAUACUUCCUUUGGGAAAAGCAAUAAUGAUAAAAGCCCAUCUUAUUUUCAACUCCCUGAUUGCAAUCCAUGUGCCUCAACAAGUGAUAGUCAUAAAAAUUUAAUAAACAAUACUGAUAAAGUUAUUGAAGAUAUAUGCGUUGAAGAUGAAAUUGAUAAUAUUGAUUUAACUCAAAGAUCUGAUUCAUCCAAUGAAGUUGUAGAGAAUCAUCAUCAUCCAAAAACAUAUGAUACUAAUAGCCUUGGUAAAAAAGAUAAUAUUUCAAUAGAUUAUGAUGAAAUGUUUGAUGAUGUUAUGAGUACAGGAAGUAAAUAUGUCUCACAAGACAAUAGUGCUGAUAACUCAAAUAAUGAGCUUUUAUCAAAUCCUAGUAAGACAUCAGAUUGUUUUGAAAUAUCUGACAAAGAAUUUAACUAUUCCUUGCAACAGUCACGACACAAUUUUGAUAUUGGUGGUCUAUCAAUAAUGGAUAAUGUUUCUGAUUCCAAAAUGCAAUCUUUAAAUAAAAGUAAUCAUUCUAGAUCUUUAAAUAGAUCACUUAGUGAUAGUGACUUACCAUCUACUGAUGUUAACAAGAUAUCUGUUUAUACACCUAAACCAAUUAAAUCACACAGUUUUGCCCCUGAAACAAGUACACCUGUGGUAAAUAAACAUUUAAUCAAAGAAGUUCAACAAACUCCUGGGAAUAGUGAAUACAUAAUUAAGACAAUUAAUGUAACUCCAAUGUUGGAUUAUGAAUCAAUGUCAUCACCUGAAAGAAAUAAGGAAUUAGAAAAAUAUGGACUCAAACCAUUUAAAAGAAAAAGAGCUAUACAACUUUUAAAACAUUUGUACAAUCAAACUCAUCCAGUAGUAGAAUCAUGUGAUGUAGAAGAAUGUUUAUCACCAUCUAAGAAAAGAAAAUACGAUAUUGGAACCAAACAUGAUUCACCAAAAAAGUCUAAAGAGUCUCCCAGGAAACAACUUUCUGCCAGUUUUGAGGAAACUAAUAAGGAAAAUACAUUGUAUGCAAUAACAAAAGAAAUUCCUGAUCUAAGAGAAAUUAAAUGUAUUCCAGAUGAGUGGGUGUUCCAAAAGAAGGAGAAAGCAAAGGUGCAUUCAUGCAAAGUUCCAUUACAUAUUGCUUUUCACAACUACGUUUCGUGUCGUCAACUACUGAGGGAAGCGAUAUUACGAUAUGAACCAGUUAAUAUUGAUGUGAUACAUAAAGAUCUCGUUUCUUACGGAUUUAAAUACAAUCCUAAGGAUCUUCUAAGAUUUUUGGACAAGAAAUGCAUAACGGUUAAGACAACAGAUAAUAAUUCAAGGAAUAGAAAAUCAUAGCAUUUAAUAAAUUUCUAGAUUAAAUUGUGACUCUUAAUAUUUAAAGUUUAAUAUAUUUUAUA